AUGAAUAAUUACCAUAUUUACGAAGAAAUAGGAAGAGGCAAAUAUUCUGUUGUAUAUAAGGGGAGAAAGAAAAAAUCCAUAGAGUAUAUGGCUGUCAAAUCACUUGAAAAAUCUAGAAGAAACAAGGUUUUAAAUGAAGUUAAGAUAUUCCAUUCUCUCAACCACCCAAAUAUUAUGAGAUUUUAUAACUGGUAUGAGACAAGAAAUCACUUAUGGGUUAUUUUUGAAUAUUGUCCAGGUGGUGAUCUUUAAACUUUAAUAGAGUAGGAUAAAAAACUCCCUGAGUAGCUUGUCAAGAGUUUUUCUAAAGAUUUAGCAGCAGGUUUAUAGUAUUUGCAUUCAAAAGGAAUUAUUUACUGUGAUUUAAAACCAUCUAAUAUUCUCUUAAAUGAAUUUGGUUAGCUUAAAAUAUGCGACUUUGGUCUUUCCCGUAGGAUAAUAGAUAUGAUAACAGCAGAUGAGGGCAAAGAAACUGUUAAGAAAGGAUCGCCUUGUUAUAUGGCACCAGAGUUAUUUCAAGAUGAUGGUGUUUAUAGUUUUUAAGCAGAUUUUUGGGCUUUAGGAUGUGUUAUGUAUGAAUUAGCAACAGGAAAACCUCCCUUUGUAUCAAAAAGCUUUUAAGAUUUAGUCGAUUAAAUUCUUAACUAAGAAGUUUAGAAAGUAUCUGGAUUUUCAAAUGAAUUUAAUGAUCUUAUUGAAAAAUUGCUCUAAAAAAACCCUAUAAAAAGAAUAACAUGGGAUUCACUUAUCUUACACCCAUUUUGGAGCGGCCUUUAAAAAUUAUAAUAAACUGAUAUUCCUUAAUAGCCACAUUUUGAUUAAUGGCUGGCAAACUAUAAUAAGUAAAUAGGUGCACUCACUUCAUAAUAAUAAUAAUAUUAGGUAUUGUAAAAUUAGCAAAAUCCAAGCUCAUAAACUCCUAAAAAUGUAAAUGUUAUGAGAUUAAGCUUGAAUAUUCAAAAAAAUCUGAAAAAGGAGCUAAGCGACUAAUAUGUAGUUGUUACAAAAGAUGUAGAACUUAAUAACAGGAAUUAAACUAUAAAUAUGGGCGGAAGAGAUGAUGAAGAGGACGAGGAAUAAGAUUACGAGAACAACAAUGGAUAUAAUAUACAAAAUGCAGAAGAAGAUAACAAAAGAAAUAUAGAUAUUGACUCAUAAUUCCACUCAAAAUAACCAGUAGAUACGCCAAUUCAUGAUGCAAGAAAUAAAAAUUAAUACAAUUAAAAUUAAGUUGCAAAUGCUGGUCUUUCAUAAAAUUUAGUUCCAGUAAAUGAGCUCUUUACACAUCUAAGUGACAAUGCCGUUAAACCUAUUAUUGGUAAUAAGGAAAUAGAAAAGACUGCUACCGAAAGUUUUAAAAAGGAAUAGUUGCCAUUUUAGUGCUUUAUGGCUGAUGAAGUGUAGUAAGGAAUAGAGUCACCUUCUAUAGAGACUCAUUUUGAAAACAUUUUCAAUUCUUUAGUUUAAGCUCACACUGAUAAAUUUAAUAUUCUUUGCUACUUUGAAACUAUUGUAUAAAACUCCCAAGUAGCUAACAGGUUAAUAAACUCUGCAUUUAUGAAUCUCCUUUUGAAGCUAUUAAAAACAGUUAAAUAAACAUAAACAAAGAUUAAAAUUGGAAGCAUCUUAGGUUUGUUAAUUCGUCAUGCUACAGUUAUAGACAACGAACUCAGUUAGCAAGGUAUCCCUUAGAUAUUAAUUGAAACAGUUAAGAUAGAAAAAUCAGAAAAAGUUAAAAGAAGAUGCAUGGCUGCUCUUGGCGAGUAUUUAUUUUAUGGAGCAACUUAAAUGGAUGAAGAUCCUACAAAUUCUUGCUGGUAAAUACAAGGCUUCGUUUUACAAUUUUUAAUAAAAGUAUUGAAAUCAGAAAACGAAGAUGAAUUAGUUAAGUAUUAUGCAUGUAAGACUAUUGAAAAUAUCACAGCUUAAAGUGUAGAAACAGGUUAAUAAUUUGCUAAUCCUGAAACAUGCUUAGCUAUGGCUGGUCUAUACUUGUCAAGCACAAACGAAGGUCUUAAAUAGAGUGCUAUGAUAUCUCUAUAACAUAUGACUAUGCUAAAUAACUCUUUAACUGAUGUUGUUUUAAAUAGCUUAGGGAAAGUAUAAGGAAUUAAAGAUAUUCUAAGAGAUGGAUCAAAUAGAGUUUAAUAAGCAUUACUUACCAUAACUAAUCUAUAAAUCCUUAUUAGCGAAACAGAGCUAACUUAAAGUUUAUUGAACGAUCUUCAAUUUAUUGAAAGUAUCACACAUUUAUUAGAUAAUUAGAGCUUGGUGGUAAGAGGAAAAGUUAUUUUAACUAUCUUCUUAAUUAUCAAAGUGAACACCAAAGCUUUAGUCUUGUUGGCUUAAACUAAAUUCUUUACCGCAUUGGAAAAGAUAAGUAGAGAUAGCUAAACAUAUGUCCAACAAUGCUUUGCUAACCUAAAAUUGCACUUAGAAGAAAUGAUAGGAAUUAUACUAUAAGUAAUUUUAGAUGAAGUUACAAGAAUAUCAAGAGGUGAAGUUGCUAACAACAAUAACACUUCUGCAUACUACUAAUAAAAUCAAGAAUACAGUUCUGUCGUUCCAACAUUAACAGGAAAUCUUUAGUAUUUACAAGUAUUGCUUUAGUAUGCAAAUUGCAAUCAAUUGAAUCAAAGCUUAUUCCAAUUAAAUUAUCUUUAAACUCUAUUUUAACUUCUUAAUUUUGCUAAAGAUUUACAAACAGAAGUCAAAUCAGUAUUAAUUAACUUAUAUGAAGUACUCCUUACUAACACAAAGGCUGUGCAUUAAAAUUCAGAUUAUUUCUUAAACAAUGUAGUACCAAAGUUACUGGAAUAGCUAAAAGCAUAAAUAGACUAAUCAAAUAAAGAAAAUAAGAAUACAGAUAUGAAAUUUAAUUAUUUAAAGUUAUUAAAUGACAUAUUAAGUCCUUUUUUCAACGCUGAUACAAAUGGAAGCAGUCAAAUUAAUAGAAUGCAUGAUUACUUUACUAAAGCCUUUGUAAAUGAACUACUUGUACAAUUAUUAAUUCCUUCUGAAUCAGAGUAAGUUUAAAUGAUGGCACUUAAACUAUUUAACUUGUUAGUUGAAAGCUAACCCAAGCAUUAUAUUAAUAUUAUCAAAUAAAAUAUGAUCAUUGGAAAUAUUAUUUAACAAUUUACCUUGAAUCCUUCCCGUAUUACUCUAAAAUUAAUUGCUAAAGUAACCUAAUGUUCAACCCUACAAGAAAUUAGCAGUUAUAAAAUUGCAUAAGAGAGUGUUAAAUUAUUUACAAAUCAUAUUGCAAAAUAAUAAGAUAGUGCAGAAGAUUUGGUUGACAUAUUUUUAAAUAUAACAACUAAACUUGUAGGUGGUCUUAAUUUGGAUAAACCAAUAUUAAAUGAUUAGCGUGUCGAUAAUAUAUACGAUUAUUUACUGCAAGCUUAUGAUAUAGGUUUUUCUUUGCUAAAUUCAAUAGAUUUUAGCUUAAGUGAAAAAAUUGGAAUGUUUAUUAUUCAUAUAAUCUACCUUUAUGGUAAAUAAGACUCUCAUAAAAUAUUUAAGCAAGAUUACAUUCUUAGUAUAAUUUAAACUAUAAAUUAAUAUCACAUGGUUAAUACUAUGAUGCGCCGUAACACUCGUGUAUUAAAUUGGAUUAUCUAACUUAUACCAUAAGCAAGAGACUUAAAAGAAAGUAUCAUAUUUGCUCUUGAUCGUUUAAAAAAUACUGAUGAUUCUAAAAUCAGUGUUAACAUAUCUGAAAUAAAGAUAGCUCUUUCGAAAUGA